AUGUAUGCGAUAGUGCAAACUACCGGCCCAAAGGGGCAAAAGGAAUUGUCUGUUGUGCCAAAAGCAUGGCUGGCCUUUAGUACGAAAUUUCAAAAACCAGUACUAAGAUGGCCAACAAAAUGUACCGUUGAGCAACAGCGACAGAUGAUACGUGACAACAGGUUGCCCGAGACGUCUUGGUCAUAUCUCCAGUGUACUGUUAAAAGAGAAUUUGCUACUUUUGCGGAGGCAAACGUAGCAAUUGAUGAGAUGUCCGACAUGUCCAGUAGUAGUUCCUGCCAGCCGAGUACUCCCAAGAAAAAGAAAACAAUACGUCAGCCUGACUACAACGACGAAAUCAUAGCAAUAGACCAAAGCUUCAGUCACCAUCGUGAAACCACCAUCACUUCGAACCAACACCGCAUGCAGCAAAGCAUUUCGCAAGCUAGUGUAUCAGCAACCUUCUCGCCACAAUUGAAAACAACAGAAAAUGUCGGUGGAGAAAAUGGAUUGAUGGAGAAAUUGACUGAUAUAAUUAAUCGGUUGGUGCGAAUUGAAACGCAGAACGCACUUAUAAUUCAGGAGCAACGUCUACAAAAGGAAAACAUCGAUGGAAAAAUAGAACGUCUUACCAACAGAUUGGAUAAAAUGGACGUAUCGCUGGCAGAAACGAUAGUAAUGCUGCCAUCGAUCAUCGACAAACUAAACGUAGAGACUCAGGCACCAACAUUCACUUUCGAAGCAGCUACUUCCAUAGAGCAGUUGGAAGAACUGGAAACGAAGCUGUACGAUGAAGCUUUCCUCCAAGAUAUGAUUCGUUGGCUGGAAUGGAAUGUGAUUGGAGAGAAAUCAGAAAAACGUAUGAACAUAUGCUUAGACCUUUUGCUUUCCACUGACCUGCAGUGCAAUUCCACUUGGACCGGAACUACGAUCAAUGGAAAAGACAGGAUAGGAUUACAGCAAAGACGCAACAUCACAAAACUGAUCAAAUCCAUUGCAUCAACUAAAAUGGAGAAGGUAAACGAUAAAAUAGUCGCAAAGUUUAUGAUUAAUAAGUUGAGGAACACUAAGAAACGAUUGAUGUGGAGUGGAUCUAAAUCUAGUCACUCAUUAGUCACUAAUGUAAACAAUGUUCGUAUGGCGAAUGAUUCUUUAGUAUUUGAUCCAGAUGUUAGCUUUAUUGAUUAC